AUGGAUAUGGAACAAGAUGGUACGUCCAAGAAGGUCUCAUCGCUGCUUGAGAAGAAAGAUGCAGCCAAUGAAGACCUAAAUGAAACAAGGAAAGAAGCAGAGGAAACCAACUCCACGGCGGACAAGACGGAAACUUUGGCUUCUCAAGAACCGAGGGAGUACAUGUCACAAAAUAGGACCACACUGGCCAGCAAGGUGACAGCAAAGUUUAAGAAGAUUCUGGGGAAAGCUAAGCCCAGGAAGAAGAGAACUACGCAGUAUCCGAUCGUAGGAGCUGUACUCAAAUUUCAUAAAGAUGACGAUGCAUAUCAUCCUGUAGAUGCAGGACUGCAGCAGCUGCACUACAAAGAGAUGUAG